AUGGACCCAGGCGGGGCCGCCAUUUUGGAGUCUUCCCUAAAGAGCUGCUACGGGUUUUCUGCGCCGCUGCCGCCGCUACCCGCGGCCUUGCGGGGCAGGAUGAAUGUGAUAGACCACGUGCGGGACAUGGCGGCCGCAGGGCUGCACUCCAACGUGCGGCUCCUCAGCAGCUUGUUACUUACGAUGAGUAACAACAACCCUGAGCUAUUCUCCCCAUCUCAGAAGUACCAGCUUUUGGUCUAUCAUGCGGAUUCACUCUUCCAUGAUAAGGAAUACCGGAAUGCUGUUAGUAAGUAUACUAUGGCUUUACAGCAGAAGAAGGCUCUGAGUAAGACUGCCAAAGUGAGACCUUCAACAGGCAAUUCUGCGUCUACACCCCAGAGCCAGUGUCUUCCAUCUGAAAUUGAAGUGAAAUACAAAAUGGCUGAAUGCUACACAAUGCUCAAACAAGAUAAAGAUGCCAUUGGUGUACUCGAUGGGAUUCCUUCAAGACAAAGGACUCCCAAAAUAAACAUGAUGCUGGCAAACCUCUACAAAAAGGCCGGCCAGGAGCGCCCUUCCGUCACCAGCUACAAGGAAGUGUUGAGACAGUGUCCUCUGGCUCUUGAUGCCAUUCUAGGUUUGCUGUCCCUUUCUGUAAAGGGAGCAGAGGUGGCCUCGAUGACCAUGAACGUGAUCCAGACCGUGCCCAACUUGGACUGGCUCUCUGUGUGGAUCAAAGCCUAUGCUUUUGUGCACACUGGUGACAACUCAAGAGCAAUCAAUACCAUCUGUUCACUGGAGAAAAAAUCCUUAUUGCGAGAUAAUGUGGACCUGCUGGGAAGCUUAGCAGAUCUGUACUUCCGAGCCGGAGACAAUAAGAACUCUGUCCUCAAGUUUGAACAGGCGCAGAUGUUGGAUCCUUAUUUGAUCAAAGGAAUGGAUGUGUAUGGCUACCUCCUGGCUCGAGAAGGGCGGCUGGAAGACGUGGAAAACCUUGGGUGCCGUCUUUUCAACAUUUCAGAUCAACAUGCAGAACCCUGGGUGGUCUCUGGGUGUCACAGCUUCUACAGCAAACGCUACUCCCGGGCCCUCUAUUUAGGGGCUAAAGCCAUUCAGCUCAACAGUAACAGUGUUCAAGCUUUGCUACUCAAGGGAGCAGCACUUAGGAACAUGGGCAGAGUCCAAGAAGCAAUAAUCCACUUCCGGGAGGCCAUACGGCUUGCACCUUGUCGCUUAGAUUGUUACGAAGGUCUCAUUGAGUGUUACUUAGCCUCUAACAGUAUUCGUGAAGCGAUGGUAAUGGCGAACAACGUUUACAAAACUCUGGGACCCAAUGCACAAACCCUCACUCUUUUAGCCACUGUUUGUCUUGAAGAUCCAGUCACACAAGAGAAAGCCAAAACGUUAUUAGACAAAGCCCUGACCCAGAGGCCAGACUACAUUAAGGCUGUGGUGAAAAAAGCAGAAUUACUUAGCAGAGAACAGAAAUAUGAAGAUGGAAUUGCUUUGCUGAGGAACGCACUAGCGAAUCAGAGUGACUGUGUCUUGCAUCGGAUCCUAGGAGAUUUCCUUGUAGCUGUCAAUGAAUAUCAGGAAGCAAUGGACCAGUAUAGUAUAGCACUAAGUUUGGACCCUAAUGACCAGAAGUCUCUGGAGGGGAUGCAGAAGAUGGAGAAGGAGGAGAGCCCCACGGAUGCCACUCAGGAGGAGGAUGUGGACGACAUGGAAGGAAGUGGGGAAGAAGGGGACCUGGAAGGCAGCGACAGUGAGGCGGCCCAGUGGGCUGAUCAGGAGCAGUGGUUCGGCAUGCAGUGA